GUGAUGGGAGUAUGGAUCUACUUGUUAGUAGUUGUUACUAUCAUUGGAGCCAUAGUCACACCGGGCGCCAUGCCCAACAACGCAGUAUAUCCGUUUCGUAUCGACUACGAGCCCGUGCGGACCAUCAUUUCUAUAAACCACUGCAUCGUUGGAUUUCAGUGCGCCGCGCAUUUGAAUCUUAAUAUACAGACAGCCUUAUUAAUAUUCUUUUCCGCGGCACGCUUUGAGAUUUUAAUGAUAAAAAUGAGGAACGUUAAUGACACAGCUUUGUUAGCGAUGUACAUGACGCAGUAUCACGAUAUAAAACGGUUUGCGCGGGAAGUGAUUACAGCG